AUGGAUCCGCAGGAGGUGGGGCUGGCAGCAAAGGAAAGAAGUCGCGUGGAAAAAGCGGUCGAGGCGGGGCCUACUCCGCCCAAAGCCAACAGGAGCGGAACAGAAGCCUGACAGCACCCUCAGAAGCGCUGCUGAAUCACUAUUGUUCGGAGGCCAUGACCGACGAUCAGUUUGGGAGGCUGCUGCGCUAUAAGUUGGAGCAGUCGCUGGAUGACAGCCACGUUGCACAACUCGUGCGCGAUGCUGGCCACUUCGAGACUCUGUUUGACCGGUUGUUGCGAUUAGACUGUGCGGAUUACUACCGAUUCUUGUCGCUGUAUCUAGGGAAAAACAUUUUUGCGUCGACGGAUACAACUCAAGCGGAGACGGUAGGUGCGCAGCAGCAAAAGAAAGUAUCUUCGCAAAAUUCGCCCGGAAACAAUGAUGCGAAGGUUCUUGAAAAGACUUCACCCGCCGGUCUAGUGGCAAGAGGCACGACAGCGGUACUAGAGACCAAAGAAAGCAGCGCUGCCUCAGAGCAAGAACCAGUCGCUAGCAAAACGCCCAGUAUGAAGACGGUGCCGAUGAAGAGGAAAAAAGCUGAAAGUCAAAACGGCACGACAUCGAAGGGGCAGCAAGGCCAGCUCUUGAUUGACACGCAAGAGCAAAAUUUCGCCGGGAUGCCGAAAUUAGCGACGGAUGCCGAGGUUUCGUGGCUGCACUCGGAGACCGGUCGUGAUUUUUUGCGCAUCGUGCGCAACCGCAUCGUGGAUCGGGAACGGAGUCCCAAGUGGGACGCAGUGCUGGAGAUUUUGCGGGCCGAGGGCAUGUUGCCUGCGAGCGAAAGUGAUGACGCAGAAGACGAGGAGAAAUCAAAGUCACCGCCCCUGAAGCGGCAAAAAGCCACAGGCGUUGUAGUCGGGACGUUGCCCGCGUCGUCGUCGACCGGCCCUAUCCGGCGUGGAACACAAGAACACAUGAACGAAUUUCCCACUAAACUAGCCCUCAUCGUCUGUGCGGACGAAAGACAGCGACAGCAAACGGAUUGUGUCGUGAAGAUAUCAAAUGUAAAAAUGUCUGGGUCUGGAAGACUGCAACUUGCGACGCUGCAUUUGGAAUGCAGAAGAAUCUGUAUUGCAUGAGUACGACCAAAAGGAAUGCAAUUUUUGCUACACGGAGAGGGCGUUUGUCAUGCGGAAUAGGCAUCAAGAAGCUCUCAAAAGAUCUGUGAUGCUAGGGCAUGCAUCACAGACAUCAGGGCUCAUGCAAAACGUGCAUGACAAGUGUCAGAAUCUUCCAGACCCAGACAUUUUUACAGUUGAUAGAAGAACGGCACGGAGGCUGCGUUUGAGGAGUCCUUUGCUUUCCUGAACUUGAAGCACGACGCGGUUUUGCGACGCGGAUUAGCAGCAGGUAAAAAUACCAAUUUACCUACCGCAACUACGCCAAAAGCGCAAGCACGAGCGGAUUUGAUGCAGAAGCAAAAGCUACCGGCCGUUGAGGACAACAAGAAGAAUAACGUUAUCUGCGUCACUGCAGAUCAGCUGGAGUCGAAGCUGUACCAAACGCAUCCCGACCUCGCGAUCGUCCUCGUGCCAGACGUUCGCGUGCUGCGGCUUCUGGAGGUGUAUUCCGCCAGUGUCAAGGAGCUCCGGGCUUCUGGCGCGAUAGGGGAACACAGGGAAGCGGUUUUUGAGCGAGCGAAAAAAGCUGCGACUGGAGGCAAAACCAAAGCCAAAGCGAAGCCCGCCCUCGAUGCAAGUGCUCUGCCAUCGGCGCUUUUUGGGGUAGUUGAACCUGUUGCACCAUCAAGCGGUGGCGGAGUGCGUGUGGAUGGAAAUAAAGAAACGGGGCAGACCACCGACGCUGGAAAUAAUGACGAGGCCUUAGAUGAUGAUCCGAGCAAAGGAGACAUCAAAUGCUUUCUGCUUUCGUAUCAGGAUUCGCCCGAGCUGGUGAAGUACGAGCAGUCGCUGGCAAAAGAGACCAAAGCCGUCGAGACUGCGGUGUUUCAGAAAAAACACCUCAUCGUCGAUCUUUCCACAUCGACGCGAGAGGGGCUGGCGCGACGGCCCAUUCUGCAGAUCGAGGACCUGGAAGAACAGCAGCAAAGCACGAGGCUGGGUGGGGCGAAGCACCAGCGGGAGAAACAGCCGUCGCAGAUUAUCGUCGACGUCCGGGAGCUGAACGCACGGUUACCGUUUUUCUUGUACCAGCGGCACGUUCUGCGGGGUGCCACGAUCAAGAUUGGGGACUACAUUUUGAGCCGGGACGUCUGCGUGGAGAGAAAAUCCGUCUACCCAGAUUUGAUCCAGAGUCUGCAAUCCGGGCGGCUGCUGCAGCAGAUCGAAAACAUGACGCAGGCGUACAAGACGCCGAUUUUACUCCUGGAAUUCGGCCCCUCGGUGUCCCGCAAGUUCCCGCAGUGGGCGCACUUGACGAACACCGGUGGGUUGAAGGGGAAGCAGUUGGUGCGGCAGAAACUCUUGCUGUUGUUGAUGCAUUUCCCGCGAUUGCGGGUGAUCUGGAGCCCCAGUUACGCCUUCACAGCGAGGAUCUUUGCUGCCCUGAAAAAAAACCGGAUGGAGCCGACGUUGCCACCCGACGCAGCAGCCGCGGAAACGGAGCCGCAGGGAACUGCCGCAAUGGGCUUACGGGUUGUAGGAGGUGUCAUCUCGAAGUCAAGCAACGGCGCUUCGUUUGCGCGGACAGGUGCACAGGCGAUUCCAGAUAAUUCCUCUGUUGCUUCUGCCGUGUUGAGUGAGAGCCGGGUCGCCAACCCGGUCGCAUUGGACGUUCUCCGCCGGUUGCCCGGGGUGACCGGUGAGAACCUGGUGUCCAUUGCACAGAAACUGCCUAAGAUAGCUGCACUUGGGAAGAUGUCUAGAUCGGAAUUGUGUAAAUUGAUGCAAGUGAAGAUGGACAGUGAAACAGCGAACCGCCUCUGGCGAAUCCUGCAUAGUAGUAGCAGUGGAACACCAAACGCAACCGCGAGUGAUAGUCAAUGAAAAUUAGUGAUAUGACAGCAAAUUGAGUUUGCGCCCCUUCAUUGCAUAUACGACACGGCACAUUAGAAU